AUGAACCAAUCCGAUUUUAUGAAACCACAGCAAAACCAUGCAAGCUCAACCUCCACAAGCUCAUCCUUCGGAGAAAGGUCAACACCCAACGACAAUGGCUCUCCGACCAACGUGUUACCAGUCCGUCGAAGAAAAAUUGCUAAACAUAAAAAAGCAGAGUUGGCCAACCGGUUGCCACAACUUCGGACCAUAACGCAAGCCAAUGAAAACUCCCAUGCUAUGGAAGAUACUGAUGUGAUCGAGAUCACUCCAAUUGUUAUUGCUUCUUCACAAGAAUCCACCACUUCAGAUUUGAAUAGCGAGAAGAAGAAGAAGAAGGCGCUAAAAAAACGGACACCCGUCGUCGAGAAGGAAACGAAGGAAACCAAACAAAAAAAGAGAAAAGUGUCUCGCCAAAAGAUGUAUGAAAACGUGGCCAAGACCUUACGAAAUUCAUUGGUCGUUCAAGAAGGAAUGCUUGAAUAUGUGGAAAACGUUCCUCCUUUGCCUGAUAAAAUCGACGUCAACAAGUAUCGCAAUAAGAACUUGUUGGCUCUUGACGUUGGGUCCAGUUUUAGCAAAGCAUCAAGGAUCCACAUACUGCGUGGAAAGAGUAACUCUUGCCAAACAUCCCACUUGAAAUUUGGAACCCACAAAGAAAAUUCAUUUCCAACCCGCAUCUUCUACUCCAAGUCCCUUCAUCAGUUUAACAUGAAACCACCAACUUUGAAAACUGAGAAUAGCAACGAUUGGUUUGAAUUGGAAAAUAUCAAAAAGAUCUUUAUGGUGCAAGAAUUGUACACUAUUCAACUGCAUGGAAUUGAUUUCAAUGUUGCACACGUCAUGUACCAACUGUUGAAAGGUCUUCUCACACAAUUGGCUUAUCGAUCCACAACAGAUGAACAUAAUAACAAACACAGUACUCUUGGAAGUUAUUCUGGGCUGAUUUUAACUUGUCCUACCAACAUCUCUGAGAUUGUCAAGUUGGUCUACAGAAAUUGCGCCCUUAAAGCCAUCAAUGAGUUUGUUAAUCCAGAAUUGACUCUUGAAGAUAUUUACAUCAUUGAGGAGUUUUCACUUCUCAAAUUUUUCAGUGAUGCGAAUAAUAUAUCCACUGAUCCAACGCUUUAUGUGGACAUUGGCCACCUCACCCUUGACAUUACUGUUGUCGAAUACGAUGAAAAUGGAGAAAGCAAGAUUACCUACCGAAACGGUGAAGUUGGCGGCAUGUCCAUCCUUCAUAAUAUUAUCAAGUCAGAAACAGGACAAGAUUCUUUUGAAAUUAUGAAAAAGAUGUUUGACGAAAGUACAAAGGUCAAUUCAGAAAAUGAAAUAGAAUCUAUCGCUGCUUCACCUGAACCGAAAAUUAUCGAGGAACUACAGUCAUGUGAAGAGAAAAUCAUUGAAGCUAUGCGAAGUAUAGUGACUCCUUUGUGUUUAAUUAUUCUGCAAUGCUCAAUAACGAAAGUUCAUUUUGCAGGUGCAAUUACAAGCUGUCAAUACUUUGAACGAUUGUUGGAUCAGCUAUUCUCUGCUAAAGGCAUUAUGGAAACCCUUGAAAGAAUGAAACCCUAUUUGAAGGAUCAGUAUAAGGAAAUUCAGGGAUGA